AUGGCUACUCUUGCUCAGUUGGAAGCAAAAGCUCGACAGGAUCGACCAGAAGUUCCAACAAUAAGAUAUCAUACCCCGCCCCCACUUCCACCUCGAGGAGAGUCUAUUCAGGCCCCUCCGCCAUACACAGAUGAUGAUGCGAAGAGGAGCGAAUUAAUAUCAGAGCAAUGGCGUUCAAAUGAUCCAAGAUCAUCUUCUACACAUUCUUUAGUACCUUCAGAAUCUGACCGAGAUGGCCGUCGCAAAUUAUUACUCGUGUAUAUUCACGGUUUCAUGGGCAACGAAACCAGUUUCCAAAGUUUUCCUGCUCAUGUUCAUAACCUUCUGAGUAUCACGCUCGGAGCAACUCAUAUUGUCCAUACCAAGAUCUAUCCUAGGUACAAGUCCAGAAAAGCUAUCGAUUUUGCCCGAGAUGAUUUUAGCAUUUGGUUAGAACCCCAUGAAGAUUCUUUGACCGACAUCAUUUUACUCGGUCAUAGUAUGGGAGGGAUUCUAUCUUCGGAGGUCGUCCUUCAAGCACCACCUCCUCCAGCGAAUCGUCCCUUUCGCCAUAGGAUACUGGGAACAAUCAACUUCGAUACCCCAUUUCUAGGUUUACAUCCUGGGGUUGUGGUUAGUGGAAUUGGGAGUCUUUUUAGACCCGCGCCCGAUCCUCCAGGUUCUGGAAAAGGGUCAUUGUCACCCACGGGGCCAGGUUCACCAUCGAUAAAUGGCCCUCUAUCUACACCAAGUCUUACAGGCACUCUCUCAGAUUCGAGUACCAUGUAUCAGGGGAGUGAUGGGCAAAGUAUGACAUCGUUAGCUACUCCUCCACCAAAUGAUCCGUAUUAUAACGCUCCGUUCCCCAACGAUAUCAGAUUAGCGGAACGAAAAGGAUUCAAUAAUUUCCUACAUUUCGUCAAUAAGCACGCCGAGGGUGUUGGGGCAAAAGCGAAAUUUAGUGGUUUAACUUCUGCAACAUCACAAUACUUCAUGUCCCACUUAGAGUUUGGAGGCUGUCUGGCAGAUUAUCCUGGCAUGAUGAAUCGAUACUCCAAGUUGCGUGCCCUAGAAGAUGUUGAUGAACUCACUGGGCGAAGCAAUCCUGUCAAUCAAAACCAGCAAUCCCGUAGGAGAUUUAUUAAUUACUACACUGCGAGUACUGGUCGGCUCAAGAAGCCCAAAGAAUCUGUUGUUGGAGAAUCUCUCAAUGACAACGUUGCCGCAUCGGAGGCCGGAAUGAGUAAUCUAAGUCUAGAUAAUUCAGGAAAUCAGUCUCCAAUAUCAGUUGAGGAUACAACUCUGACGAGUGAUAAUAUUGAUUUAGCCGAUGGCAUACAUGUGCAGCAGGUUGAGGAACAGAUGGAAGAGCUGGGUAAUAGUUCAGGAGUUCGGGAUGACGCUCCACAAUCACCAGAAAUGCGACACAUCGAUUCAAUGCCUAUCGACGAUGAUAUAAUCGAACCUAUCGCAGUUUUACCACAUGCCGACGAAACAGAAAAAACCAAUACUACAACACAAAGAGUACCCACCGAACCUCCACUCCCUCCUAUCCCUGAUGCGCCGACGGAACCACAACCAAUAGACUUGGCUCUUUACACAGAUAAAGACUCUCGAAAAAUUGCAGAGAAAGAACACAAACGCGUUGUAAAAGCUUACAAUCAAGCCUUGAAGGAUCGAGAAAGUGCUCUCAAAGAUCGCCGCAAGUUGAUUGAGAAAAGAGAAAAGAAAGCUCGACAAGAAGAGGAGAAGCAAUUGAAGGCUCAAGAGAAGCAGAGCUUGAAAGAAGACAAGGAGGCAGAAAAGCGGCAAGCUAAAUUGAAUUCCAAAUUGCCCAAAGAAAGAGAGAGCGUACAGAAGGCGGAGAAGACGGAGAAGACAGAGAAGCCGAAAAAGGAUAAGAAGUUUUGUAUGCUACCUCCGGAGUCUGGAGGAAAGAAAGACGUCUGCUGGGUCCGAGUUUAUAUGGAAGGGGUGGAUGAAGUCGGGGCACACUGUGGUCUUUUCUUCCCGGGACCGCAAUAUGAAAGCUUGGUUGGAAACGUAGGUGAAAGGAUUGAGACAUGGGUGAAGGAAGAUGCUACGAAGAGAGCAGUCCUCUCCAGACCUUAG